AUGUGAUCUCCAAGCUGAUCAGGGAAAUUAAUUCCUAUUCUUUUAAUCUUUCUGAACCUCUUAGCUCCUGCUUUAGAGAUAGUGGGAGUAAUCUUCUCAAAAGCUACCGACCAAGACUCAGACUUUAAACCAAACCAAGGUGGAUCCUUCUUAGACAAAAGAGGAUUCGAAAUACUCUACAUUCUCACUCAGAUUGCUUAUCUACUUGCUGUAUAUGCUUGGGUUAAGAAUAAAGAUCCCUCCUUAGAAGAUAGCUGGAUGACUACUUGGGUUGGAGCUAUAAUCGCAACUCUAUCAUUUAUUGUGACCCACAGAGAUUUCUGAAUAAUAAUCCUCAGGAUUAAGCUUAAUGGAUUUUAUGCUCCAGUGCACAUUAUUCUAUUCCUUUUAUUUUUAAUUCAGAUUUACUUGUUACCAAUUGUUUUACAAUUAUCAGUAGUAUUUUCAAUAGAUACUUAUGAUUGAAAUUUUGACCUCAUGAUCCGAGUUAUGGUCUAUACUUUGGCGUUCACAUUAUUCCUAAAAUGAGUCUGAGUUGUUUCCAGCUUCUUUAUUCAGAGCUAUCUAAACUUUAUCACCACGAGUGCUUCCAUUGUGAUUAUACAAAAUCUCUUCUGGGUGUUCUUGGUUGCCUACAGUGUGAUCUCUAAACAUAGAGUUGACGGAGCACGGAAAGGCUUAUUGUCGUAUUAUGAGUGGCUGAUGAAUUUAUGCAUUAGCAUCCAUCUUACUUUUGUCGUAAACUUUCAGUUCAUCUUUGAAGAGCACGAGCAUUCAAGUCUUUCACAGAUUUUGUAUAUUCUCUUGUUCAUUUGUAUCAAUUUUGGAUUGAUCUUGGUGUACAUGGUUCACCAAGUUUAUUGCUGAGAUAUUUAUAUCAGAAAGAGAGUCAGAGCUAAGAUGGCUGAAUCUAUUAGAUAUUGUCAUUUGGAUUUUGAUGCUUUUGGAAAAGAUGAUUUAUUGAAGCCAGAUUGAGAUUAUUGAUCCAACAAGCUCUCUAACCCUCCACUAGAAUAUAUUGAACACCAAGAUAAGCAAAAUAAGAUGUAUCAGAAAUUGGUCAGUUAUAAAGACGCAUAUAUUUCUUUUGAAGAUGUUUAUAAGUAUCGCUACAGAAGAGGUAGAAAUGGGCAACAUUGUUCUCACAGAUUUCAUAUGGCAUGCUUUUACAAUUUGAUGAAAACGAGCAAUUGGAUGGUCUGGUCUUGCCCAUUGUGUGAUCAAAGAUAUUAAUAAUGAUACUAAACUCAAUCAAUC